CCACGCACGUGAUGCCACGCUGAAGCUGAGAUACAAUACAAGAGAAAACGCGUGCGGGAGCGGGUUAGGCUGCCGGUGGUAGCUGGGGGGUAGCAGUCCUCCCUCCCCAACAUUUAUAAACUAGCAACUCUUCACUGAGCACCAUACGCUCUCUUUUGGAUAUUCUUCCGAGUUUCUAUUUUCCAACUUUAGUGAAAUAUACUUCCGUAAGCACGUACACAGAUUCAACAGAAGAUAUGGGAUCGAAGUCUGAAUCCGUUUGUGUCACUGGCGCGUCCGGUUUCAUCGGCUCCUGGCUUGUCAUGAGACUCCUCGAGCGCGGUUACACCGUCCGCGCCACCGUGCGUGACCCCACGAAUCAGAAGAAGGUGAAGCAUCUGUUGGACUUGCCGAAGGCGGAGACGCACCUGACGCUGUGGAAGGCGGACCUGGCGGACGAGGGAAGCUUUGAUGAAGCCAUACAAGGCUGCACCGGAGUAUUCCAUGUUGCUACACCUAUGGACUUUGAGUCCAAGGACCCCGAGAAUGAAGUGAUCAAGCCAACAAUCAAUGGACUUUUGGACAUCCUGAAGGCAUGCCAGAAAGUUAAAACAGUUCGAAGGUUGGUCUUCACAUCCUCAGCAGGAACCGUUAUUAUGGAAGAGCACAAAAAGCCGGUUUACGACGAAUCCAACUGGAGCGACGUUGAAUUUUGCCUCUCCGUCAAGAUGACUGGUUGGAUGUACUUCGUUUCCAAGACUCUAGCUGAGCAAGCUGCAUGGAAGUAUGCCAAAGAAAACAACAUUGAUUUCAUCACCAUUAUCCCAACUCUUGUGAUUGGUCCAUUUCUCAUGCCAUCCAUGCCACCAAGCCUCAUCACUGGACUUUCACCAAUCACACGAACUAAAUCACAUUAUGGCAUCAUCAAGCAGGGGCAGUAUGUUCACUUGGACGACCUCUGCAAUUCUCACAUCUAUUUGUAUGAGCAUCCGAAAGCUGAGGGCCGUUACAUUUGUUCGUCACAUGAUGCAACAAUUCACGACCUUGUAAAAAUGCUCAGAGAAAAAUACCCUGCGUACAAUAUUCCCACAAAGUUCGAGGGCAUUGACGACAACUUAGAUACUAUUCAUUUUUCUUCAAAGAAGUUGAGGGACAUAGGGUUUGAGUUCAAGUACAGCUUCGAGGACAUGUUUGUGGGGGCUGUUGAUACGUGCCGGGCAAAGGGAUUGAUUCCGAUUCCGGCCGAGAAAACUGAGGCUGCUGAUGAGAGCAACGUCGUCGACAUCAAAAUUGCCGCUUAAAAUAUUGAUGAGUGAUUAAUGUUUGCAUUUUGUGUCGAGGCUUAAUCUCUGUUGUUUUACAUUUGAUGGCCUGGAUUUGAUCUAUGUUGUUAAAAAGUUAGGGCUCGUUUGAUUGUGCUUUUGUAAGAACCAAAAGCGCUUCCUAAUGAGUAAAAGCGCUUCAGUUUAAAUAAAUGGUCAUUUGGCAAACAUUUUGAAA